UUGACGGUCGCGUCGCGGCCGCUCGCUCAGUCAUCGCUCGGUUGUAGGCGAUGCCGCCGCGCCGUAGAUGAGCUCGCGCGCGCGCGCGCUCUCGCACGAAGAGCGCGAGCUCCUCGGGAAAUCGUGAACUCGUCGUUCACCGCGUGCGUCUGGUGAUUCGGUGUCGGCCCCGUGUUCCUCCUGCUACCACCAGCCCGUGGAUCGCGCGUGGGAAUCGCGCAAUGUCGCCUCGAGGUGGCAAGUGCGCGCGUGUCGGCAAGGUGGCCAGCAAGGGGCGCCAAACGCGCGCUCAGCACGCCUCUCUGGAAACGACGACGACGACGACAAUGUCGACGACGACGACGAUUACGACGACGGCGACGAUGGUGACGACAAGCGGGACGGCGAUGGCGACGUCGGCGAUGAUGACGUCAAGCGGAACGGCAGUCGCGGCGACGAGAAUGGACAAGCCCGCGGUAACGACGGCGUGCGAGGGUCGAUCGCAUUGGUCGGGGCGCAUGCGCCAGUCCCUGGAGAGCAGCUCCGAGCCCCGUGAAAACGGUACCCCGGUGCUGCAUCGUUACCCGGAGAGGCAGCGACGGCGAGAGAGACACGGCACCGGUAGGAAGCAUCGACCGGCGCGGAACAACGGCUCCUCGUGCUCGUCGACCUCGUUGUCGUCGCCGCCCGCGCUCUCCUCGCCGUCCUCCUGCGCGUCCUCGCGCCGAUCGACCUCGCCGCCCUCCAGCACCUCGUCGCCGGCGCGCUCCUCCACUUCCACCGCGUCGACGGUAGCGAGCGACCCGUUGGCGAUCAAAGCGGAGGACGUGCCGAUCGAGCACGCGGCCGGGAUCGGGAAGCAAGAAGCGGGCACGAGUCAGGACGCCGAGGAAACCAACAGGCCGGAGCACAACAACAGGACCGUCCAUGGAGUCGCGGAGACGACGGCAUCGGCGCCUACCUCGUCCACCAUCGUCUCCUCCUCGUCACCGUUCCCCUCCCCCGUGUCCACUUCGUCGGCGUCCUGCCGGACGUCGACGCCGCGCGGCUACUGCGACGUCGCGCACGCGUCCUCGUCCGCCCUCGAGAGGCUGAGGAGCACCCUGGAGAGCUACGAUCGCAGCCGCAUAUACCUCGCCCACGUCUGCUACCUGGAUUGGCGGGAUCUGCCAGGUAAACGGCGCGACACGAGGAGCAGCGAGCGGGUGUGGGUGGUGGGGGCCGCGGAUCACGAGGGCCACCAUCGGACGCGGUUGUUGGUCGCCGGUCGCCACUGGCGGCCACGUUGCCUGCGGAAGGUCAACAUGCUGAGUCAACCGGUGGUCUACGCCGGCGGCGGCAGGGGUUCCUUGACCGCCGACCUCUUCCUCUGGUGGUUCCACCACGAGUUCGCGGUGACGGCGAUGGCGAUGCACCCGGACGGCGCGGUGCUGGUGGCCGAGAGCGCCGAUUACCUGCCGCCAGAGGGUGACUGCGUCGCCGCGGACGGCCUGGUGCGGCUCUUCGUCGUGCCGAAAGACUGCAUGGAGACGCGACUGGUGGUCCGCGAGCUCAGGGUGCGACUGGCCACCGGCGUGCUCUCGAGGGCGCGUUGCGGCCUCUACCGCGAUAACCUCGCCGCGGAGGAGGCCGAGCGUCACCGGCUGGACGCCUACCUGAGGAGGUUCACGCUGAAGGAGGCGUUCGCGGACCUCCACCGCGCCUGGCUCAGCGUCCGCUCGGAGACGUUCGCCCGCAGCUGGACGCUGCCGCGCGAACGCGAGGACCACCCGCUCGCGGGCUGCUCCACGGCCAACGGCGCCAUCUUGCCGCCGAGGAUCUAUGCGGUGGAUCAGGAGGAGGAUCGGAUGUUGUUGGUCGAGCUGCAGAGCCUCGCGCGGGAGGCCGGCCUCGACGCCGGCGACGAGGAGCUCGGCAGAUGGAUCGUCGAUGAGGAGAGCGCGCUCGCGCGUCUCCCCAGGGAACCGGAGGAGGAGCAGCAGUGUCGGGUGAAGAUCGAGCUCGAGGACAGGUGGUCGGAGCGCACCGACGACGAGGACGGUAACAACGACGGCGCCGAGGACGAGGACGCCGAGGACGAGCCCACCGCCGAGGAAGCCGUCGGGCUGCUCUCCAGGGUGCUCACCUGGAUGGAGAGGGAACCCCUCGAUCCGGGACUCCUGCUGGCGGUCAGAUCGAUGCGCGAUACCGCCGCACUUAUGGCGAGCAAGAUGGGCCUGACGGGGACGCAUCCGAGCGGGCUUCCCUUCUUCUGUCCGAACGGGGACCACCUGACGCAACCUCCACCUGCUCACAUGGGCAUACCGCCGUAUGCGCCACUGGACGCGGGCAAAGCAGCCGCCGCGGCCGGUGAGUACCACUGGCCAUCAGUCACCCAAGGGCAGCCACCCGAGCAGCCCUGGAAACAUCUUCUAACCGCAGCAGCCUCCACAGGUCUCUCGAGAGCACCAAUGUACCCGUUCUCGACGAGCCAGUACCCGUAUCCCAUGCUUAGUCCGGAAAUGACGCAAGUCGCCGCUACGUGGCACACGCCGAGCAUGUACCCCAUCUCGCCGGCGAACGCCGGCUUCCGAAGUCCGUAUCCCACGAGUUUACCCAUCACCAGUUCCAGUUUAUCAAGUGAUCUCUACCGGUUUUCGCCGACCGGCCUGAUGCCCCCACACCCAGGACUGAGUCCGCACGCACACGCACUGGCGUCGCACGCGCUGGUGUCCUCGGCGCCGAAGGCGGAUCACUCCACCCUGGAUCACAAUCACAGGUCUACGAUAGAACAGAAAAACUCGACGUCGUUGCCCACGGACAACGCGAAAGCCCAGGACACGGGUCAGCAGAACAAUCAAGAUAAAAAGAAACCCCAUAUAAAAAAGCCUUUGAACGCAUUUAUGCUGUACAUGAAGGAGAUGAGGGCGAAGGUGGUAGCAGAAUGUACCUUAAAAGAGAGUGCCGCAAUCAACCAAAUAUUGGGAAGACGAUGGCACGCGCUAGGGCGAGAGGAACAGGCCAAGUAUUAUGAGUUGGCGCGACGGGAGAGACAGUUGCACAUGCAGCUGUACCCUGACUGGUCUUCCCGCGCAAAUACCAACCGAACUAAGAAGAGGAAGCGCAAACAAGACACAAACAGUGAUCCUGGAGGUAACAACAUGAAGAAGUGCCGCGCCAGGUACGGAUUAGAUCAGCAAAACCAAUGGUGCAAACCUUGCAGACGUAAGAAGAAAUGUAUCAGAUACAUGGGGGAGGGAGGAGACGGCGACGGCGAAGCUGACGGUGAAGGCGAGGACGACCACUCGGAGGACAAUCUCGGCAGCGUAGGGGAAGCAGGCACUCCCGAGGACGACGAGUCCCUGAGCAGUCCCGGAGGCCUAUCCGCGUUGUCUAGUCUGGCGAGCCCGUCGUUGGUCCUACCAUCGCCCUCGAGCCUAGCCAGCCCGUACCCGUGUCCGUUGACGCCCCCCGUGCCACCACCGCCCCUGCCGAACACGAGCCAGCACAAUCCGGCGACCUCGACGACAACGGCGGCAGCGGUGGCGGUGACGACGGCCGCGACGACAGCGACGGCGACUGCGACGGCGGUGGUACAGCAGCCACCCCCGCCACCUCAUCGCAAUCCCGUCGGCACGAAUCCGCACGACAUCAACAAUCCGCUCAGCGUCAACCAGCUGACCGGACAGUGUAUAAAGAGCGAGCCCGCGCCCUCGGGCCCCUCCAACCCGGCGAUCAGUGUUGCGUAGCCCUGGGCGGACCCACGUGACCGGACUGUUGCAACACGCGGAGUCAUCUACGGGGUCCAUCUACGUAUACACACUACGAGGAGGCACAAGAUGUAUCGCCGAGAGACUGUGCGGUUCUUUUUCAUCUUCCACGUGUUCGAUAUUUUCGAUUCACAAGACGAAAAUCCGCCCUCGUGUCUGCGCUAGCCGUAAAGUACGCGGUAAGACGUAAGCUGAUUGGCCGAGCACAGUCGAUUAUUCUUAAACUGUAUGAAAUGAUCUGAUCGGUCAGUUGGGUUCACUGCUUACGUCUCUUGUCGAAUAUUUUACGGCCAUUGCAGACGACGGUCUCUGAAAGAGAGUUCCUUCGAAGUUUAUUCGCAGCAGCGGAGGGUAACUCAGAGUGUCACUCUGUGAAAGCAGCUUGGAAUCGCGCGUUGAACAUGCGCGAUACGUCGAACACACCGAGCACACAAUUGCAACGGUAUAUUAAUAGCGAUCGAUUUUUUGUUACAUGCGACAUCUCGGUGCAAUGUGUAAUCCUUUUUACCAGUUUACCAGGCGGAAAGUGAGAGAAGGCGUGUUAUAGUGGGAUCUUUUGUUACGGUUGUUCUGCGUGCGUUCGUUUAUGGAGGAUGGAAGCAGCUUCUUUUUUUUUUUGUAAAAAAAAGUAAAAUAAAUGUGUUAAAGGAGCAUUUGUUGCGGCGCAUGGGAAAGUGCAAUGAAGAGAGGUCUCGAGCGAGCGAGCAAGCGAGCUAGCGAGAGAGAGAGAGAGAGAGAGAGAGAGAGAGAGAGAGAGAGAGAGAGAGAGAGCCGAAGAUCUGGCGUGUUUCUGCGCCACCACGAAAAACGAAAAGUAUAGACGGUUACGCCAGUAUACACGCGAACGUCGAUGAAAAUGAAUUCCCUCCCCCCUCCGCUCUCCCCCUUUGCUUCUCUCCCUUUUGCAAUGUGUUCUUUUUCCUGUAUCUUUCUUUCUCUUUUGUUCCUUCCCACCCUCUCUGUCGUCCGACUGAAUAGAUCAUACACGGUGUCUGUGCAGCGGGGUAACACGACAGCCGCUGUGUGAAGAAGAAAACGCGUCGCAGAGUGUAGCAUCAAAUUGAAUGUGCCAUAACAACACCCAAUGCCAAUAUUACCGAUAAUACAUAUUGUUUUUAUAUUACGACCCGUCGAAGAACGUCGUCUGUUCUGUCAGUUAGUCAGUGGAACCACAGGGCUUAUCGACGCGAAUUUUUGCCCUCGACCUCUUUUUUUUUUUUCCUUCGCUUCAACCACCGUUCUCCCUCUCCUCUACCUUCCCGCCUUCUUCGUUUACUGAUCGAACUCGUCGAGCAGACUGAAAACUCAUAACUAACGAGGAAGCGUGUGCAAGCGUCUCUCUCGUCGAUUUCAUUGGGCUUUGGAUAUGUCGUAGGCAACAGCUGUUCUACAUUGUAUCCACAGGCUGUGAGUACGUUUUGAGGGCAAUCUAAAACUGAUGUAGUAACUUCCAUGAUGUACGUUUUAUACGCGAACACACAGCAUAGAAUCGAUUUAAUCAUUUCCGCUGGUGCGAUUAUCCAUGUUAUAUGUAUAGAUAAUUAUGUAAUAUGGCAUGUAACAUUAAUAGUCGCAACAUAGAGAAUUACCACGUCGACUUUACCCCUGGUCGUGUGCGAACGUAGAUCACGGGUGUCACCAAUUCGACUUUAGAUUGCCAUGUAAACGCGGUCCGUGUAAACCCGGCGGAGGAGGGACGCUUCCAAAUAUUUCUCUGUAAGAAGCUAGCUUCACGGUAAUAUCGUAAGCCUCAUCCCGAUCUCGCUCGUCGAACGUUCUGUAUGUUACCGAGAGGAAGAGACGAAGGGGACCGAGUGAAACCGUGAGCGUGAAGAGAGAAAACGCGAAUUCACCCGUAGUUCGAAGCACUCGGGCGAAUCCAUCGUGGGCGAUGAGAAAACGAGAAGGAGAGAAAGAAACACGUAGACUCCGGGAAGCGUUCGAUCGAGGAAGCGAAGUAUCGCUCUGUCGAGUGAAUACGAGGCAAGGACGACGACCAGCGGACGUCUCACGAGAGGAGCACGGAGAGAAGAAGAGGCGGCGGAUCAGCGACAUCACCACCACCACCGGGGUCGUACUGACAGACGUAGCCAGUAGACGAGAAUACAAGACUCGCGAAGUCGUGCGAUGUAUUAUUGUAUGCGUGUGCGUGUAUGCAACGAUGACUGUACGAGGAGGGUGACGCGAGCGGAAGCGACGGUCGACGGACAAUCUGACACACAUCGACGAUCGCUCCUUUGAACACUGAGGUUGAUGAAGAUCCUCUUCUAAGGAGGGGGAUAUCGAUGGUAUUCUCUGAGCCCGCUCGCGUCGCGCUACCUCCUCCUUCACUUUGCUUAGGAACGAGACUACGUCGCGAAGGAUUCGGCGACGGCGGCGAAGUGUCCACGGUGACACCGGGAGUUACGUUCGAUAUCUCGCGGGGGACAUUGUUGGUGCAAGGAUACGCGCGUGCUUCCGGGAGAAUGCGAUCCUCGGCGGGCAGACUCGCUCGAUAUGGCCUAUAGUCCGCACGAGAGAAGGGUAUAUCCGAGAGAGAAAGCCGUAGGCGCGCGUCGUUAAUCCCGCGAGUCGCCGACGAUACUCCCCCCCCCCCCCUCUCUCCCCUUAUUAGCGACGAAAUGGAAAGGUCCUCGAGCGGACGAGUCGGAUUCGUAGCUCGUGUCUCGCUUCAAGGAGUGGUUGUACCAUAUUGUAAAGUAUCAAUCGACAGUUCUCAGCUGCGUUGUACAGUGUUUUCUAAGUAUCUAGUUAAUAGCGUGUAAUUGAGGAGAAACAUUGUAUUUACACUAAUAAGUGAUCUGUAUCAAAUUCAUUCUCGUAUAGCCUGUACUCUUACUCAUGUAGAUGCUAAAAGUGAUUUGUGUCAUAAAGAAAAACCUAUAAAUAAAAUUAGCACUUUGAGAAUGU